UAUUAGGCGCGUGUCCGGUGACUGGUGUUGUGCGAGCUGAACAAGAAAAAGAACGAACAUUUCCUUUUCGACUGACGCUGAUACACAAAAGACCGAGCCAUGGCCUCUGGAGUGACAGUGACCGAUGAAGUUAUUACAGUCUUCAAUGAGAUGAAGGUGCGUAAGGCUCAGCCCAACGAGGAUGAGAAGAAGAAAAGGAAGAAGGCAGUACUGUUCUGCCUGAGCGAGGACAAGAAGCACAUCAUCCUGGAAGAGGGCCAGGAGAUCCUCACUGGGGAUGUGGGUACCACUGUUGAAGACCCUUACCUGCACUUUGUCAAGAUGCUGCCCCCAAAUGACUGCCGCUACGCCCUCUACGAUGCCACCUAUGAGACCAAGGAGACCAAGAAAGAGGACCUAGUUUUCAUCUUCUGGGCCCCGGAAAGUGCCCCACUGAAGAGCAAAAUGAUCUACGCCAGCUCAAAGGAUGCCAUUAAGAAGAAAUUCCCAGGUAUCAAGCAUGAAUGGCAAGUGAACGGUUUGGAGGACAUCAAAGAUAGGCGCACCCUAGCAGAGAAGCUUGGAGGCUCCUCAGUGGUCACCCUUGAAGGGGGACCUGUAUAAACCCAUUUUUGAGUUUUAACUGCGGCCUACAGGGAAAGGAAAAACAGAAUUUAAAUUGAUGGAGGUAUGGCUGUUCAUUCCAGAAUGAGAAGGAAUUGGGUAGGGUUCUAGAUUACAUAAGUGGGGCCUGGGGGUGGGGGGUUUCUUGUGGGGAGAAAUCAAGUAUGCUAUUUCAUGGUUUAAAAUUGUGCUUAUUCCACUUCUCACAUUGAAGAACGUAGACCAGUCUUGAAUGAUUAUUUGUGAUGAAGGAUUCUGACAACAGAUUUGCGUCGUCAUUUCCCAUAUUGGCCUUGCUAUUUCCAAUCUUAUGAAGAAUAAUAAUGUAAUGGAUGAAUAUGUGUAAACGAUUGCAAGAUUGUCCUUGCAAUUUCAAAUCUGAUGAAGAACAAUGUGGUUUACAUCAAGACAUAAUGGUUGAUGACUUUUUAACCAAGACAAGAGGUUUUGUAUCUCACUCAUCCAGAGGGGUGUCUGGAUCAGGCAGAAGACAUGGAAACUGUUCAGAGCUCAGCUAUGACCAUCCCAGUGGGUAAACAUGUCAAUUUAUGCACACUGUUCACAAUUAUCUGAUGGUAAUUCCUUGAUUGCCAAAUUUGUUAUUCUUUACCAUGUCAGUAGCUAAAACUAGGUUUAUUUUUCAUCAUGCUUCCUGCGCAAUUAUUCCAAAACUUGACAUUAUUCCAGUAAGUUAUAAUUUCCAAGACAUUUGAGCAAACCAUCAUUGGCUUUUUGCAAAAUGCAUUCCUUUUUCUCAAAAUUUCAGAACCACUUGAACAGGAUUGAAAGACAGAGCCAGGGAUAUGUAGUUAUGUGGUUGGCACCAGUUGGAAAAAAAAACCAAUGAGAGCAAGUAGUGUGGAUGGAUAUAUUGUGGGUGUUUUUGUUUUGUCUCCUUGUCUGAAUAAAAAUGCACUUAAAUUUA